UGAGAUCUUUAUGUGUGCUUGUAGGAGACAUGCUUCAAGUCUUGUAAACAAAACGAGGAUUAGGUACCACAAGAGACAACUUGAAUACUGUGCAAGGAUUCCUUUGCUUUGAGAAAGGAAUACUGUUAGAGUGUGAAGACCAGAUUCGUUUUGGACAUGUUUUCCCUAAGAAGGACUACAACAUCUGCAAUGUGUCGGCUUAUUGGAAUUCUUUUGAUGUACACCGCUGUGGUGAGCGGCUUUAAUAUAGAUACUAAAAGUGCUGUUAUUCAUAGAGGUAGAGCUGAAUCAAUGUUUGGAUUUUCGGUUGCGCUCUACAAGGAUGAAAGCAGUAACUGGCUGCUUGUAGGUGCUCCCAACGCACAAACGAAUCAACCCAAUGUGACAAGAGGUGGUUCUGUGUACCGAUGUGGAACAGAAGCGACUGCCCAUUGUAACGCCAUUCCUUUUGAUACAACAGGUCCCAACUACCUGCUCGAUGGAGGAGUUCGAAAAAUCACGGACGAUAAAUCAUAUCAGUGGUUUGGAGCGACUGUCGGAUCUUCCUCGGAUAAUGGUGUUAUUGUGGCCUGUGCUCCUCGAUACGUCUACUAUUCCGUCAACAGACUCAGGAGAGAGCCCGUCGGGAAUUGUUGGAUUGCUCGAAAAUUCAGAUCCUUCCAAGAGUAUUCGCCCUGCAGAUCAUCAUCAUGGGGCUUUCAUCGACAGGGAUACUGCCAAGCUGGAAUGUCUGCUGCGCUGACAGCGACUGGCAAAGUACUUUAUGUAGGCGCUCCUGGAAGUUACUACUGGCAAGGUCAGCUGUUCUCCAAAGAUCUAACAACCAAUGUUGAAGAAAGUACAAAUGAAUCCCCAGCAUCAAAUGAUGACACAUUCCUGGGAUAUUCGACAGCAGUUGGAGAAUUCAGUGGUGACAAAGACAUGGAUGUUGUAGUGGGAGUGCCGCGGGGAAACGACUUAACUGGAAAAGUUGUACUGUACGAUUCUUUGCUAAAUAACUUGCAGAACAUAUCAGGAGAACAGAUGGGAUCUUACUAUGGUUAUUCCGUUUGCGUGUCUGAUGUAAAUGGAGAUGGAUUGGACGAUGUCGUCGUAGGAGCUCCCCUUUUCACAGAUUUACUUUCAAAAGAGCGAAAAUACGAGGAAGGGCGUGUUUACGUGCAUUAUCAAAAUGCUGAUCAUUUCUUUGAUCAGGAAAGCCACACUGCUUUGGAUGGCAAAUUUGUUAAAGGACGCUUUGGUUUAUCUUUGGCGACAUUGAAGGAUAUUAACAGAGAUGGUUACGAAGAUUUUGCAGUAGGAGCGCCAUAUGCUGGUAAAGAUGAAAGAGGCAUCGUUUACAUUUUCCAUGGCAGUUCUGUUGGAAUCAGAGAAAAACCAUCUCAAAUCAUAACUCCGGACGAUUUUCCCGACACUGGAAUCAGAACUUUGGGUUUUGCGGUAUCAGGAGCAAUCGAUAUGGAUUCAAAUGAUUACCCAGAUAUUAUUGUUGGAGCAUAUGACACAGACAGAGUUAUUUUUAUGAGAUCACGUCCCGUCGUUAAUAUAACUUCGAAUAUGAAAUUGAGUCGAGAAGUGCUAAAUCUCGAGGACAGAAUUUGUAAGCUGAAGGAUGACACUAAAGUAGCUUGUGUGAAGGCCACAUUUUGCAUAAGGUACAACGGAAUAGGAGUUGCGUCUGAAAUUGAUUUAAAAUACACAUGGACUCUAGACGCCAAUCUAAGGAGUUCAAGAGCUUUGUUUUUAGAUGCUGAUCCUUAUCAAGUCGCUAACAGAACUCAAAAUAUUCGGCUGAAGAAGAAUGUGCAACACUGCAACACUAGCACAGUUUACAUCCAAAAUGGCAUAAGGGAUAAACUGACUCCGAUUGAAGUGAAAGCGAGCUACGAGUUGAUUGACUUGGAGCCGUAUCGAUAUUUCCUGAAGCCUAUAAUCAAUAUGAAUGUGCCUAGUGCCGCUGUUAAUGAGCUGAAUAUUGAGAAAAACUGUGGCAAAGAUGAUAUUUGCAUUCCUGAUCUACAGCUUUUCGCUGUGUCAAAUAUGGACCAAUAUUCUAUUGGAACCAAGAAGAGACUCGAACUUGACAUGACGAUACGUAAUGGCGGCGAAGAUGCUUUCGAGUCUAUGCUUUACGUUAUCAUGCCUUUGGACGUCAAUUACGUGAACAUUGACAAAGCAAAACUCGAUUUUCCUAUAAGUUGCAGUGGAGCACGGCCUGAAAUCACUGGAGUCAACGAAUUAGUGUGUGAUAUCGGAAAUCCUCUUCCUGCGAAUAAAACGCUGAACUUCAAAAUUCUCUUAGAACCUUCCCGAGUUGUUUCGUCGACGAGUGAUCUCGUAUUUGCAAUGAAAGUCAACAGUACAAAUGCUGAAAAAAAUGAUACCCUGUUCAAUAACGAGCAUUUUAUCGAACUUCCUGUUCGAGUUGAAGUAUCCUUAGCUGUGAGAGGGAUAUCUGUUCCAGAAGUUGUGACGUAUAAUAAAUCUGAAGAAAUUGUGAGCAAUAAAACUCGUGAAACAGAUAUUGGACCGGAAGUCACUCAUGUUUAUGAAGUUGGUAAUCAGGGUCCAAGUUCUAUCAAACAAGCUGAAGUGUACAUAUUGUGGCCAACUUAUACCUUGGAUGGUAAAUCUUUACUGUACCUGAUGGCACAACCUGAUGUACGUGGUAGUGCUCAGUGUGAAAAGAUAAAUAAUGUAAACCCACUCAAUUUACAGGAAGUUCGUCGACGUCCACGGAAUAAUAAAAUUACCAUUCUGGAUUACAAAGAACACAUGUUGCUCAACGAUCUCCAGUCAAGGAACGAGCCAGAAAAAGGAAGGCAAUCAAAGAGAGAGAAAAGAGAUGAUGACGAUUAUAUAAUGUCUGAUGAAGGAGAAGAAAAGUAUCUCAACGAUGAAGGGGAAGAAUCUUUCUCAGAAGAAUUGUCGUGUGGUGCGACAUUGUGCACGAAAAUCCACUGCACGAUAUCCAAUUUAGAGAAAGGUGACCAAGUGAUUUUCAACAUACGUUCCAGAUUAUGGAAAGAAACCUACAAUGAGAUUGGUCUGAGUGAAGUGAAGACAUCUUCAAAAUUAGUGUCACGGAUAACAUCCCUGCCUUAUGGAGUUGAUCCUAGUUACUUACCAUAUAAAAUUUUUGUGGUAUCAACAAAAGUAAGCCUGUUGGAUGUUGCUUUAGCUCCGUAUAUGAUACCAUGGUGGAUCAUAAUACUUGCAAUUUGCUGUGGAUUAUUGCUCCUAGGACUCCUAGCUUUACUGCUUUGGAAGUUGGGAUUCUUCAAAAGGAAAAGACCGCAAGAAAUGGCUGAAAAAGAACCUUUAAAUGAAAGAAAUGGCUACCGUAUGGCAAGUGGUGACGCAGCGCUUUGAUGUCUUCACGUUCGGUUUUAGAUUUGCGUUAGUGUAACGAACAUUUUGAACAAGCCCAUCUGGGUAGAAGAUAAAUUAUUUGUUUAUAUGACUAUUACUGUCAUGCUGAUCAGUAAAAACUCACCUGUUCUUUUUAAUUUAAUUAAAAUUAACAAAAAAGAAGGAUGAGAUGAGAAAGAACAUUUUUUAAAAAGUCAUGAAAAUUAUUGUUAAACUCUCAUGCUUUUGUCGGGGUUUUUGAAAUUUAAAAAAGGAAAAUAUGACAAACUAUUAGUACGCUAGUUAAUGAGAAGGAUUUUUUUGAUAACGAUCGCUAAGCAUUUAGGUUUUUGCUUAGCAUUUUGCUUUUUGUUGAAUAAAAGGUUACAUAAAACAAAGAUCAUGGAAGAACAGUCCUUGUACAUUCGUGUUUCGUGAAACAUUUUGAUAAUAAAGGAAGGAUUAUAUAAAGAAUCAUUAAAAAGAAGAAGAAUAUGUGAAUGAAAUUUUAAAAUGUUUAUUAAAGACUGCUCCUUGGAGUUUUACUUCUCUGAAGUGAUUGCAAUUUAAAAGAAGACGUGUAAAAGUAAUUCAAAGGAAAGAUCAUGUGAAUUUAUUUUUGUUGAUAAAACCUGAAAUUGAUUUACUUGUGAAAACUUUGUGACGUAUCUGUCUUUUGUGAUCCUUGGAAGUCUUGCCCAAACAAAUGAAAAAUAAGUGUCACACGUUCAACAUGAAACACAUGUUUCCUUAACAUUUCAUUCGAUGAAAUGAAACUUAUUUCUGUUACCUAUGUGCAGACUAUGGGAAGUACAUUUCAAGAACAUACAAAGUGCUCUUCAGAAAAUUUCAAAUUGUAUGUCAUGAGAACUUCUAACUUGCUUUACGUUGUGCGCCUUUCACAAGAUCAACAUCCUUGAUGUUGAAAAAACAGUAUGAAAUGUUAGAUCGUGGAAAAACUUGAUACACGUAAUUGUUUGAUUGAAUAAAUUGAUUGAUCAAAUAUAUUGAUUGAAUGAAUUGAUUAACCAAAUUUGUUGAUUGCAUGAAUUGAUUAACCAAAUAUGUUGAUUGAAUGAAUGGAUUAAUCAAAUAUAUUUAUUGAGAUGCUGUUACUCCAAGAUCCUAAAUUCGCAUUGUUCAUGACAGCACUCCGUCUCUUCCUCAACGAGCCUUAUCAAUCUGUCGUAUUCUAGCGGUCUUUGAUCGCGUUGACACAUACUGUCUGACCACGGAUUGUAUGGAAAGACAAAUAUCCGUUUUACAUCGGGAAAUGGAUGAAUCUAUUAUUUUUUUACCGAUGUCAGCUUUUGCAGAAGCAGAGUCUCGUUCAAAUGAGCGGAACACGCGCAUCAAAUUUUUACUUUCCACCCUUAUUCACAUAGAUUCGUCUUAUCUUUACGUUUGAAAAUUCCAUGCAAUCCGUGGUUGGACAGUAAAUUGACCAACUCCUGGUUGUCAGUUAAACACAAUGUGAAAGGCUUCACAAAACAUCUUUGCAAUCGAAGUUGAUUGUUUAAGAUGUAUGUCUUGCAAUGAUGUGAAACCUUUCGCUGCCUUGUUUCAUCUGCUUAUACCUCGAAAGAGAAUUUAAGGUGCUCACUUUGAUAUGAAUUUAAAAAGAGAAUAUGUACUGAAUGAAUUUCUGAAUCACAGACAAUUUUCACUCAUUUUGCGUUGUGAUAAGAUUUUGAGAUUUAAACAAAAGAAAGCUCUUUAAAACUUUUUAUGGAUGCGUGCCUCCAAUGCCUCCUUUAUGACUUAUGAUUAUGGUCUUCCGAUGUGUAAUACAAGGCCUUUGCCGGGAGGAGAAAUCUAAGCCAAAAUCAUGAAUAAAAUUCUUCUUUUUAGCGAACAGUGUCCUUUGGUGAAGAGUCAUAUGCUACUCAUUCAAACAAUGAGUAUAUGUGUACUGUACUAUUUGGACCAUUGUCGCUCAUCAUUAAUACUUUUCGCAAAUGAUAUUCCGUCUUCUCUCACAUAGAGAGAAAUUUAGUUGUAUUCUUUUCCCAAUACAGUAGAACCUCAUUAAUAAUCGUGACCAACCGAAUUAAUAAAAGUACGGAUUGAACGCAAUGUUCUAUAAAUUGAGCCAAGGUACAUAUACAAACUACUGUACACGGUAAAAAAGUGUUUUGAAUUCAAGAGAAUUAAAUAUAAAACUACAUAAGAAAAAAAUACAUUACAGGAAUACAAAAUACGGCCUAGAAAAAUAUAUUACAGAGGUAACUCUUCUUUUAUUUAUUCAGUAUGUGCAUCUAAAUGGCUGUCUAGAUUUGGCAAAAUUCGGUUUAAUAGGGUCCGAAUUAAUGGGUGUUUGCUGUUUAAUUCAAAAACAACUACUAUUUGCUACUACCGCCGUCCUAAAUUAGCCGCUGCAUUUGAACAUUUUAGUUAAUUUUAUGAUUUGUUUUUUUUUUUUACCUUUUUUUUGGAGAUUUCAUGUUAUUAUGCUGUCAAUGAAAACAUAUGCUUUCCAAGUAUUCCCUCCUUUAAUAAAACUGUUUUAAAAAUCCAGGAUUUGCACAUUCUUAAGCCACGCGCCGUUUUGUAAGGACUCUACCACCCGGAAAGAUCGGUUUGCUUUCUGAUGAAUUCACAAUCUAUUAGCUGAUAGUUUUAUGCAAUUACUGGUGGAAGAGUCUUUGCAAAAUGGGGCGUGGCUUAAGACUGUGGAAAUCCUGGAUUUUGUUAAACUUAUUUGGCACUGAUUUAAGGAGGGAAUGUUUGGCAAGUAACUGCUGUUGAUUGAUUACGUAGGAUCCUGAAAUCUCUAAAUCAAAAUCACUAAAUCAGCAAUAUAAGUGAUCAAUACAAAAGUAGCGGCUAAUUUGAGACGAAGGGAGUUAUGCUUUUUGUAUUAUUUUGCCUGGGACCUUGUAUUACAAUCUAGAAGGCUAUGUUGAAAAAGAAAGGAGUUGCAUCUAUGUGUACUGUAUACAUAUUUGUAUAUGUAAAACUUUAAAAAAUAAUGUUUUAGGCUUUUAUGUUAUUCAAGAAUUGUGACUUAAUUUAUUUCAUUGUGCAAGAUGGUGCUAUUUUUAGUAAGACUUGUUAUGCAUUAUAACCGACUUCAUUUUGACUUAUACAUUCAGUUAUUUUUAAAUCAGACUUUUGGGGCAAAGUGUGACAUGAUAGUGCCACUUAUUUUCUUUCUUAAAUUGCAAAUAAAGUCUUAUUGUCCGAAUAUAGAUCUAGUAGACCUUGCUUAGUGUGAUGAUAGUUUGCGAAAGCUUUAGUCUCCCUAAUUAAUAAAUAUUAUAAAAGUUAUUUCGUUCAUUUUACAAAGUUGAAGAAUCAGCGGUUUUGCUUUACUUCUAUGAUAGCCCCCCCCCCCCCCCAAGAGCAGUGGUGCAUCUCCCAAAUACCACGAAGAUCCUCACAAGAACGACAGUCCCCUAAAAAAGAAAAAUGUCCCUGAAGACACACCCUAAAAAUUUCAAUGACGCAGUCUACUCCAUGAUCCCCCCCCCCCCACUCUCAGUCUGCACCCCUGUUUAUGAAAUUGAUUGGUGUAGAAGAGAAAUGAAUCCUAUUACGACUGAAUACUUUAUUUAUGGAUUCACAAUUACAUUGUUAAUCUGUCUGAAAAAUAUUAUUGUUCUUCAUCUACAUAUUUUUUUAAAAUAUUUUUGAUAUCCCCUUAUGUUUUUGCAUCUAAGAUGCUUAUGCUUUUAAAAUAAAGUAAGAAGGGAAGCUUUUAAAAGGCAAGUUCAGCACACAUGAAAAAGUUAGUAUCGGACUUUGUUCUUGCUUUGAAGUUAUUUUAUGAAUUAUGUUGGAUGUGUUGCCAUUUCAUCGGGAUUUUUUUCUAAUUGAACUUUUAUGCAUGUGUAGAGUAACUGAAUGCGUCUCAAGAAGAAGGGAACAAGAGCAUACGUGUUAUACUUAAUCUUCAUUAGUAUUAAGUUCUUCCUGGCGUAGAAGAAAGGCAUAAGUUACAAAUUAAAAGUAAGACUUUUAAUUUGUUACAUAUGCCCUUCUUCUAGGGACCCAUUCAUUUAUUGAAAUUAUUCUAAUGCUGGUGAUUAUUAAGAAGAAGCAAACCGUUUAAUCAGACAUAAAUUAGUUAACGAAAUUUCUUAUUUGAUGUAAUAAACUAAUAACUGGAUUGUAGUAUGCUACAUUAUUUUUACGGAUCUUUAUGCUUGAUUGUGGAUUCCGGUAAUCGGAAUUGACUGACUCUAAAUUUGUAGUUAU